CCGUGGGCGUGUUUAUGAAAGCGCUGGUGUGGUCUGGUCUCUCUUGUUCUGCUGGCAGCUCACUUCACAUCGUGGAAAACCAAAAGCAGGCGUGUGGGCUGCGUGCAUCCGUGUCCCAGCACACGGCUGAGCUCUGGCACGGGGUAGCGCAGGAGGAAGAGGAGGGCGAGGAGGAUGCUGGCGCCGCCGCUGCUGCUGCUGCUGGCUGUGCCACUGUGGCAGGCAGCAGAGCUGCACCUGGGGCUGCGGGGCAGUCCCCGUGGGACGGUGAGCCCAGCCUUCCUCUCCCUCACCCUGGACGCCAGCCUGGCCCGCGAGCCGCGCUUCAUCACCUUGCUCAGCAACCCCAAGUUGCGCACCCUGGCCAGAGGGCUCUCCCCCGGAUUCCUGAGGUUCGGUGGCACCAGCACGGAUUUCCUCAUCUUCAAUCCCCACAAGGAUUCGACUUUGGAGGAGAAAAUCCUCUCAGAACUCCAGGCUGAGGAAGGUGCCUGUGGAGCACCAGCUGGCUUUGCUGCGGUGCAGGAGCUGCUGCUCGCCCAGUGGCCCAGCCAGGAGAAGUUGCUCCUCACAGAGCAUUCCCGGAAGAAGCACAAAAACACCACCAUUACAGGGCACACGCUGGACAUCCUCCAUGGCUUCGCCAACUGCUCAGGCUUCCACCUGGUGUUCGGGCUCAAUGCCCUGCUGCGGCGGCGUGGCCGGGAGUGGGACAGCUCCAAUGCUGGGCAGCUGCUGGGCUACUGUGCCCAGCAUGGCUACAACCUCUCCUGGGAGCUGGGCAAUGAGCCCAACAGCUUCAAGAAGAAGUCAGGCAUCUACAUCGAUGGCUCCCAGCUGGGGCGGGAUUUCAUCCAUCUGCGCCGGCUCCUGAGCCAGCAUCCCCUGUACCGGCACGCCAAGCUGUACGGCCCUGACGUGGGACAGCCCCGCAAGCACACCCAGCGCCUGCUCAGGAGCUUCCUGAAAUCCGGAGGGAAGGUGAUCGACUCCGUCACCUGGCACCAUUACUACGUGAAUGGACGAAGCGCCACGAGGGAGGAUUUCUUGAGCCCCACAGUGCUGGACACCUUUGCCACAGCUGUGCGCGAUGUCCUGGAGAUCGUGGAUGCGACAGUGCCUGGCAAGAAGGUUUGGCUGGGCGAGACCAGCUCGGCGUAUGGCGGGGGAGCCCCCCAGCUCUCCAACACCUACCUGGCUGGCUUCAUGUGGCUGGACAAACUGGGGCUCGCGGCCAGGCAGGGGAUUGACGUGGUGAUGAGGCAGGUUUUCUUCGGCGCCGGCAGCUAUCACCUGGUGGACGCCAGCUUUGAGCCCUUGCCAGACUACUGGCUGUCGCUGCUGUACAAGAGGCUGGUGGGCACCAGAGUGCUGGAGGCCAGCGUGGCAGGAGCAGACGCACGGCGCCUGCGGGUCUACCUGCACUGCACCAACCCCCAGCACCCCAAGUACCGGGAAGGGGACGUGACGCUGUUUGCCUUGAACCUCUACAACGUGAGCCAGAACUUGCAGCUACCCAAGCAGUUGUGGAGCAAGCGGGUGGACCAGUACCUCCUUCUGCCCCAUGGCAAGGAGAGCAUCCUGUCCAGGAGGGUGCAGCUGAACGGCCGCCUGCUGCAGAUGGUGGACGAGGAGACGCUGCCCACGCUCCACGAGGCCGCCCUGGCCCCUGGCAGCGCGCUUGGCCUGCCCGCCUUCUCCUACGGCUUCUACGUGAUCAGAAACGCCAAGGCAAUCGCGUGCAUCUAAGUGCGCAGGGGGCACAGGACCUGUUGGGACGCUCAGUGCGGUGCCACAUAUUUUUCCUCGGCUGGGAGGCCGCAGUCACAAGAUGGAGCUGUGGCCCCAUGUUCUCCAAAACCUUUGCUUUGCUUUGUUUGCUGGCACACAGCGAGGUUUUGCUCAACAUCGUCAGCACCCUGAGAACCUGAGAGCUCAGCAGGCUGAAAACACACACACUGUAUUUCCCUUCUUAAGCUUGAAAAGGAUGCUACCAGCUCUGCGGGGUUUAAGAGCAAGGGGUUGGCGUAUGUUUCAUGAGAAAGCUGUGCGCCUCCCAGCAGACGGAUGUACUCUGGGAGGCGUGAUUAAAAGUGCACCAUAAAAAGGUUAUGUUUAACCAUAGUUUGUGAAAGGAGUGUUUGCCUAUACAGCCUGUGUGUAGUGUGAAGGCUUAGCCACCAGGAAGUGAUACACAGCAAAAACGUGAAUGGGAAAGGCUAGGUUUGUGUGCACUGUCCACAUUCAGAAUGAGUGCACGGAGCACAGAAUGAGGGGAAAAGUCUCACAUUGCCAAUAUCAAGUUGUUAAUGCAGUGUUGUUAUUGCUGUAUAAGCUACAAUUAAGAAAUAAAAGUUGAUGGUUGCCUGGUAGCUUCUUUUUAAAACUUUCUAACAGGUUUGUUUCAAUGCUUCUUACUUUUAUAUCUGAAGAUUUUGAAUAAAAUCAAUUUAUACUAGCUUUU